GUAAACAUCACACUGCAAAUCCUACAUAGAUCGAUCAGUAUCACAAUACAUAUUUUGCUUAGAAAGACAGGUACACCCAUCUAUGGCUUCUUUGCUUCAUUCAUGGCAGCUCUGUUUCCUCCUAGCACUAGCCAUGGCCGCCGGCAACGUCGCCGCCGGUGGAUAUUCACGCCCGGCGGUAAAGGGUUUUCAACCCACCCCAUGGACUCUUGCCUAUGCCACUUUUUACGGCGACGAAACUGCUUCUGCUACUAUGGGCGGGGCUUGCGGAUACGGGAACUUGUUCCAGACCGGGUAUGGGACGGAUACGGCUGCGCUGAGUUCGGUUCUGUUCAAAAACGGGUACGGGUGCGGGCAGUGCUUCCAGAUCCGGUGCGCCAACUCGAAGUGGUGCUACAAAGGGUCGCCGGUCACGACGGUCACCGGAACUAACCUCUGCCCGCCGAAUUGGUCGGAAGAUUCCAACAACGGCGGGUGGUGCAACCCGCCGCGCACGCACUUCGACAUGGCGAAGCCGGCCUUCAUGAAGAUCGCCGAAUGGAAGGCCGGGAUCGUUCCCGUCAUGUUCCGGCGCGUGCCGUGCACGCGCAAGGGCGGCGUGCGGUUCAGCUUCCAGGGCAACGGCUACUGGCUGCUGGUGUACGUGAUGAACGUCGGCGGCGGCGGCGACAUCGCCAACAUGUGGGUCAAGGGCGGCGGCGGCGCGUGGAUCAGCAUGAGCCACAACUGGGGAGCUUCUUACCAGGCCUUCGCCACGCUCGCCGGACAACCACUGUCCUUCAAGAUAACCUCGUAUACGUCCCAUGAAACCAUCGUCGCUAACAACGUGGCGCCGGCGAACUGGCAGGUGGGGUUGACUUACACUGCCAAUGUCAACUUCCGUUGACCCUGAUUCUCUCUUCUUUACUCAGGAUCGAUCGUCUCAUAUUCACAAGUAUAAUUAUUGCAUAUCGUUUUUUUUUUUUUUUGGUUUUGAAUUCUAUAUAUAAAUCUUGUGUCGCUGAUUCAAAGAAGUGGCAAUUUUACAUGUCACGAUUGAGGUGGGUUAACUGUACCAAGAUUUAAUGAAUUAGGUUAAUUAAUCCAUGAUUAUCGUUUU